UCCUGGUCUUCCAGUCCGGUAGAGCAGAGCUCGAUGUGUUGUGGGUAUUGUUCCUCGGGCCACUGGAAUGCCAUCCAGGCUGCCGUCCCUCCUUAAAGCCUCAGUGCAGUACCUGAUAGACGGAAACCAGUACUGGAGCUGCUGGGGAUGUGGGAAGUCUUGACCAUCUCGAAGGGUAGGGAGGAUCGGUGUAAAAUCAGAACGGUCGUCAAGCAAGGAGGAAGUUACCAUGGGAGACUUGGCCUUCAUCUCUGAGGAGAAAGAUAAGCUUCUUCAAGACUUUUCCUUUUUCCAAAACAAAAGAAUAGAGGAUCAGGAGGAAAUGAUUGCUGGGUUCAUCACAGCCAGGGCUCAGGAAUUGGUAUCAUUUAGGGAUGUUGCCAUAUACUUCACCCAGGAAGAGUGGAGCUAUCUUCAUUCAACUCAGAAGCAUCUGUAUUGGGAUGUGAUGCUGGAGAACUAUGAGAACUUCAUCUCACUGGGGCUUCCUGUUUCUAAACUGGACAUGCUUUCCUUGUUGAAGAGAGAAAAGUCUUCAUGGAAACCAGGAGAAGACAAUCUACAAGUUUCUUGUCCAGAUUCCUUUAGUGAGAUCUGGUUUGAAACCCUGGAUUCAAGUCCAAUACAAUACACUGGAAGUCUUUUCUUGGAUGAUACUCCUAUAUCGAACAGUAGUCUCUGGCUGUCCAAGAAGAGUGAAGAUGGAAGACGUGAUGCCAGUUCAGAGGAAAGAAAGAUGAUCAGGGAGACAACAUUCAGACAAUUAAUAAACACUCACAGAACAUCUUUUAAGAAAGAGAGUAUACCUCAGUGUAAUGCAUUUGGGAGGCAUUUUCUUUUGGGAUCAGUCUUUGAUGCACUAUGGAAGGAAACUGUAUGGGGAAAUAUCCAAAAAUAUAUGGUACUUGAAAAGAGCUUUAGGGAUUUUUCAGAUCUAAUUCCAAGUAAUAUAGUUUCCUUAGGGAAGAACUUUUCUAAGUAUGAAAAAUGGAAGAAACCCUUCAGUUACCACUCAAACUUAAUUAGAUUUCAUAGAACACAUGGGGAAGAACUGCAAAAACACAAUGAAUGUGGUGAAGCCUUUUUCAGAAGAUCAAAUCAUGUUGGACACCAGACAUUUCAUAUUGGCGAGAAACAUGACCAGUGUAAUAAAUAUUGGAGAAUCUUGAGCCAUGAGGGAAGUUUGACUGAACAUAGGAGUACUUAUGUUGGAGUGAAACCUUUUCAAUGUAAUGAAUGUAGGAAAGCCUUCAAUCAGAGGGAACAACUCAUUUAUCAUCAAAGAACUCAUACUGAUGAGAAACCCUUUGAAUGUACUGAAUGUGGAAAGGCCUUCAACCGGAGGGCAAACCUUAUUAGACAUCAAAGAACUCAUACUGGAGUCAAACCCUUUGAAUGUAAUGAUUGUCGGAAAACCUUUAGCCAGAGAGGACAUCUCAUUUAUCAUCAAAGAAUUCAUACUGGAGAGAAACCCUUUGAAUGUAGGGAAUGUGGGAAAGCCUUCAGCAGGAGAGCUGCUCUUAUUACACAUCUGAGAACUCAUACCGGAGAGAGACCUUUUGCAUGUAAUGAAUGUGGGAAAGCCUUCAGUGAAAGAAGAGACCUUGUUACUCAUCAGAGAACUCAUACUGGAGAGAAACCCUUUGAAUGUAAUGAAUGUAGGAAAGCCUUCAGUCAAAGGGGACACCUCAUUUUUCAUCAAAGAAUUCAUACUGGAGAGAAACCCUUUGAAUGUAGCAAAUGUGGAAGAGAUUUCAGCCAGAAGGGACACCUUAUUAGACAUCAGAGAAUACAUGCUGAAGUGAAACCUUUAGAAUGCAAUGACAGAGGGAAAACUUUUGAUGAGAGGACAGACCUCAUUUGUCAUCAGAAAAUUCAGACUUGGGAGGGGAUGCCUAAUUAAACAUCAGAGAACUCAUAAGAAAUUGAAACCAAUUCUUUCACCAAGAAUUGAUGCCUAUUGAUUGGGGAUAGGUAAAUAAAUUUUGGUAGCUAAAUAUGGAAUAUUAUUUUGUUGUCAGAACCAUUGGAUAUCAUCAAGUUCUUAAAUCAAAUUCAUGAGUGGAAGAAAAGGAUAAAUCUGCUAUCUGGGGAAUAUCUCUCCAGCAGACUCACAGGAAAAGGAUCUUAUGUUUUUAGGAGAAAAGGGGAAGGAACUUAAAUUAGGUAACAAUUUGCUAGCUGCUCUUGACAAUCUCAGCAAGAAAAACCACUUCAUUCUGGCUGUUUUGCCCUUCAUGCCAUGAAUUCCCAUGGAAGGGGUAGGGACUACUUUGGGACUAGUCUGACUCAAGCUGACUUUGUUUACAAGGCAAAGUCCCAGGGUAGAGAUUUAGUGUGGCUCAGCUCAACCUAAUGGACAUUAUACUAAAGGUAGGAAUAUAAGGACAUUACUAGAAUUCUGGCAUUUUUAAGAUCAUUAAAAGGUAGUGGCAGUUAAUAUUGUAUUUGAUUUUAAUAAUUUUUUGUCAAUAUAAUUCAGAGAAAUUUGUAUGAACUUAUCAAAAUGAGAGGCAAUUAGGUGACAAAAUGGAUAGAAUACUGGUGCUGGAAUCAGGCAGCCUUCUAGCCUCAGACACUUACUAGCUAUGUGACCCUGGUCAAGUCACUUAACCUCUGCCUUAAUCCACUGGAGAAGGAAAUGGCAAACCCCUCCAGUAUACUUGCCAUGAAAACCCCAGAGACAGUAUGAUCCACAAGAUCACAAGGAGUUGAAUGCAACAAUGAAUGAACAACAAAUGCAGAAUAAAGUGUUCAGAUCUAGAAAAAUAAUAUUCAUGAUUAGUACAACAUUGUAAAUGGAACAAACAGCGAAAAAAUGGAACAGUAAAAUAGCAAAAAGCCCUAAAUACUGUGUAAUUAAAGUGACACCUUGACAGUUGAGAAUAUGUACCUACCUCUCCACUUUUUCCAGACAUGAGAUUAUAGAUAUGCAACACUAUUUUAAAAGAACAGGCAAUGCUAAAAGUCACUUCAUUAUCAUUCUUAACAGGAUUACUUGACUGGCAGAUCAAAAGGAAUAUCAUACAGGAUUUACCUAGGUUAAAAAUCCUGCUAAUUUUAUGGAAAACAAAGAGAUGUUUUAAACAUUAAUAUAGUUAAGAUGGAUCAGACAUGGAGUCAGGAGAGCCCCAGUUCAAAUUGGGCUUCAGACACCUAUUAGCUGUGUGACCCUGAGCAAGUUGCUUAACUCUAUUUGGCUCAGUA